GCGAGGGGACAAAUGAACUUGGUAUACAAGGGCAUGUUGUUCGAGGCCCUCCUGGCGAAGGUGAGGGAUUCGCACCGGCUCGGCCAUAGACGGGCGAAAUUCACGUGGAAGACGAGAGCGGUGGACUACAUUACCGAGCAAAAACCCCUGUUCGAGUCCGUCCGCAAGAAGUGGCUGCAGCUGCCUCAAGAGUCGAGGAUGAAGUACAGGUGCGCCAACUACCUGGACGCCCCCUUCCCGACGGAGUCCACCGCUCGGUACUGGUUCAACGAAUGCAGGACGGCCUACGACAAACACAGGCAACCGCCGAAGGUCAACGAUAAAGGCCGAUUCUGGACUGACUACUCCCCGGUUUUCGAAUCAAUCCUCAAGCUCAUGGAGUCCUCCUCCAACGACGGCAACGGCGAUGCGGCCAGAGAUGACGCUACCGACAGAGUACAGCAGGCUAAAGCCAACAGGAUGGCAGCGAGGCGAGCCCAGCAGGAGGCGAGGGGAAAUGUUACAGCAAUCAUGGAGUCACUCCAAGACCAGGCGCAAAGCCUGGGGGGGCGCAACGUUGAGGAUGGGGAGAGGGCGGAAUAG